AGUUGAUAAAGGCCACAACAACAACAAAAAAAAGAGUGAGAGGCUGAGAGAGAUAUAUUCAUCCCAUAUUUUUCUCACACCUGCACACACCACACACUUUAAAAAAAAAAUCAACAAUUUUUCAAAAAUUUGCAGUUUUACUUAAUCUUUUUACUUCCCCCCUUUCUGUAAUCAUCCCGCUUCUUUGAUCCCUUUCUGUAAACCAUCUGUGUUUUUUCAAGAAGGUUUUCUGACUUUUGAGUUUGUAUUUUUGAAUAUUUGAGGAAAAAUAUGCAAACUUUUAAUUAAGAGAAAAAAAAUUUCUUUAAAGCCAGGUGUUUUCAGAAUCGAGAUCUAGAUAAUUGACUCAGUAUAGUUUCACUUUUUUUUUUUUUUUUUUUUUGCAAAAUCAGCUUGUAGGGCUUUAUUAGUAGUCCCUCAAAGUUUGAUUUUUUCUUUCACAGGAGAAAAAAAGGGGUUGUUAUUUGAAGACCUCUUUUGUUAUCCUCUUUCUUUGUUUAUAACAAAAAUCACUAACCUGUUUUCUUUUAUUUGACAAGAAACAGGUUGUUUUCUUUAACUAUUUAUUUUGUAUUUGUAUUUGUGUGACGGUAUUUUUAGGUAUGGCAGCAGCUAUGGAUUUUUGGAAUAGUACAUCUCUAGAUGUUCAGUACUCAUCAUCAGAACCUAUUAGUACUUCUGGUGGUGAAUUAAUGGAAGCACUUGAACCUUUUAUGAAAAGUGCUUCCACUUCCCCUUCUAAUAAUAGUAAUAAUAAUUAUCCUCCUCCUAUUUCCCCUUCUAAUAAUUUCCAAUCUUUUCCUUCUUUCCCCCCUCCAACUCCUAAUCCCACCAUUUCUUACCCCUACACUUCUUCUUUUUACCAAACACCCCCUCCUCAAUCUAAUACUUGCUCCACUUCAACCGGGUUUUCGGGUUACCCAAUGGACCAACCAGGUUCAACUUCAAUCGGGUUGAACCAAUUAACCCCAGAUCAAAUCCAACAAAUCCAAGCCCAAAUCAACUUCCAAAACCAACAACACCACCAGCAACAACAACAAAUGAUGUUCAUUAACACCCCACAAAACGCUUUCCUGUCUCCAAGGCCGGUUCCUAUGAAGCAAACCGGGUCACCCCCGAAACCCACUAAGCUCUACAGAGGUGUCAGACAACGCCACUGGGGAAAGUGGGUUGCGGAGAUCCGUUUGCCUAAGAACCGGACCCGGCUUUGGCUUGGCACAUUCGAUACUGCUGAAGAGGCUGCUUUGGCUUACGAUAAAGCUGCUUACAUGCUACGUGGCGAUUUCGCUAGGCUUAACUUCCCUCAUUUAAGCCAUAAGGGUUCCCUUAUCGGUGGCGAUUUCGGAGAGUAUAACCCUUUGCAUUCCUCUGUUGAUGCUAAGUUGAAGGACAUUUGCCUCAGCUUGGCGCAAGGGAAGAGCAUCGACUCUAAGAAGAAGAAAACCAAAGGGUCUUCGGGUCGGGUCGGGUCGGAGGUAGCGGUGAAGAUGGAGGAAGAGGAGAGUAAAGUGGUGGAAGGCGGAUCCGAGAGUGACGGGUCGGGUGGAUCAUCGCCGGUGACUGAGUUGACUUUUCUGGAAUUUACUGAGGAAGAGUCAACAUGGGACAUGUCGGAGAAUUUCUUGUUGCAGAAGUAUCCAUCUCAUGAGAUUGAUUGGGCAGCUUUAUAAAAGGAAAAAAAAAAUUAGCAAUUAUGUUUAGGUCUAAGAGUCUUCUUAUGUAUUUUUUUUUUUUUUUUUUGUAAUUUUGCUUUGUUUACAAUUGUUAAUGGUGUAUUACGUAGGUCUUCUUAUUAGGUCAGGGGAUAGUCACUGCAAUGGAAUUUUUGGCAAUUGCAGGGCUUGUUUUGAUUUUAGUAGUUGGUCCUGUUAUUAACAUGGGUCCUUUUGAGUUUUCGUAUUUUAGGUUAAAAUCCCAACUGGUUAGCUGGUAUUUUUUGUCUUGGCUAGGCCAGUGGAUUUGAUGCUCUGUAAUGUUAUGGUUGUACUCUUUUGUUAGUAGUAUCAAUAUUUCUCUAGUUGUAA